CAGUGAGGUCCCAUAAAUUUUGCCAUGAAAAUGAACACGCCAAAAUAAAGGGUGAGUUGUGGGUGGACCAAUGAAGGGAAUAGUGAAAGCAAUUGGAGGCCCCAACUUUAACAGUGCUAUUGUUUUUCAGAACAAACCAACUAUAAAAAUUCCUACUAAUUUCUUCUUUCAUCCCGUAUAUACUAAUACACUGCCCUUUGCUUUCCUCAACCCAUCAACUCCUUAAUUCCCCGCCAAACUUAAACAAUUCUCUUUCUUCUUCACCACAUUGAUACUUCUCAAGAACUCAGAUUCCUCUUCUGUAUAUCUUUCAUUGGAUAGUUGUCCUAUAAGUCUUGUUCAAGUUCAAGAACGCUUUAUCGGACACGUAUUUUCGUUUAAUACUCCUCGGACUUGUGACUUCUUCCAAGUUUCAUAUAUAAGUCAGGAGAGCGAGCAUUAUCAGUGAUAAUGGGGAGCAGGAGAAGAGUUGUGUGCAUUGCUCUGUCUGUUAGUUUGCUCUGGUUUUUGCUUGUUCUGAGCUUAGCAGACCGGAGUAAUGGAAGGGAUGCUACUAUGACUACUGUUCCGUCAACCGCAAGUGUUAAAUUCUUGAAACCAAUAGAAACUGGGAAGAGUGGUGUUCGUGAUCGGAAUUUCAACCUCAAUUGUGUCAGCAAGAGGAGAGUACCCAAUGGACCUGAUCCUAUACAUAACAGGAGAGUGGGGAGUUCAAGAUUGCCACCAACAUAAGCUUAUGAAAGAGGUGGAAGUUGAGGUGAUUCAGCUGAUCUUGCGUUUCUAACUCCAUUUUUCUGGGGUGAAAUCUUAUCUCUACAUAUAUAUAUAUAUAUAUAUAUAGGUAAAUUGCUUAUCUUCCCUUUGAAUUCAGACAACAAAGACUCAUGUAACUUGCUUUGCAUGUAAAUGAUACACACAGAAAAGAUGGAUUGCCUUGAAAAAGAGUUAUCCACAAGGUUUCCAAAUAGUUUGUUUGAGGAAUGGCAUGUACAUUUUUGUUUAAUUGUAAUGCUGGGUUUUCAGUACAUAUAUUGUGGUUUGGAGAUCUACAGAGGUCCAUAGUCCGAGAUUUCAGAUGUUUUGCCGUUAGCGUGUUCAUGCAAUAAAGGGUUUUUGUCUUCACCUUUUGUUUAGGACUGACCAUCUUUUCUACCCUAAUAAAGCACCACCUCGCACGGGCUAAAGGGGCUCUUCUUUCCAAAAUCAUUUUGCCUUAAAUGUUGGUAAGUGACAUUACUGUGGGUAGCCAGUGCCUCAAAUUUAGGUUGUUUAGCAUUAAUUAUUAUUUCCAAGCUGCAGUGUCUGUAUCAUACUUAGGAGACAUAAUAGCAUUUUGCUGCUAGUGUGAG